AGAAGGUCGCUCCCACUUUACCCACCCCUCCGCUGCAGCUCACGUUGCGUGGAUGACGUCAAAGACGCCUUUACAAAAAAGAUGCCGGACCUCGCCGAGAAGCGCAAAACCGCCAGCGCGUGGAUUAGAUUGCAGCGCGGGGGAAAUGGCAGAAAAACGGGAUCGUGGCAUGAAGCGGUAAAUAAUAGUGGUCCGUUGACAGAGACUGGGGGGAGUAACAGGUGGGAGACUGUGAGGCAUCGCCCGCACUGGAAUUGGAAAGCGAUGCGCGGCGAGAGCUUGUAAAGUCACCCAAAGUGCGGCCAAGCUCUCAUGCAUGGACGCCAGGAUGUUCUCGGGCCAGGCGGCUCUCAACUUCAGCUGCCGCAACCUGAGCGACGACCCGCCCGCCGACGCCGAGGCGCGCCUGUCGUCCGCGGGCUUCGCGGUGCUCUCCGUGGUGCUGGGCUUCAUCAUGACUUUCGGCUUCCUCAACAACCUGGUGGUGCUGCUGCUCUUCUGCAAGUUUAAGAAGCUGCGCACGCCCGUCAACAUGCUGCUGCUCAACAUCAGCGUGAGCGACAUGCUGGUGUGCGUGUUCGGCACCACGCUCAGCUUCGCCUCCAGCAUCCGCGGACGCUGGCUGCUCGGACCGGGCGGCUGCAGCUGGUACGGCUUCAUCAACUCCUGCUUCGGUAUCGUGUCGCUGAUCUCUCUGGUGAUCCUCUCUUACGACCGCUACAGCACUCUUACCGUGUACAACAAGCGUGGUCCCAACUACCGCAAGCCCCUGAUGGCCGUCGGGGGCUCAUGGCUCUACUCUUUGUUCUGGACGGUGCCGCCGCUCUUGGGUUGGAGCAGCUACGGUGUGGAAGGAGCCGGAACCAGCUGCUCGGUGUCCUGGACGGUCCGGACGACCCAGUCGCACGCCUACAUCAUCUGCCUCUUCAUCUUCUGCCUGGGGCUGCCUGUGCUGGUCAUGAUCUACUGCUAUGGCAGACUGCUCUGGGCUGUCAAACAGGUGGGCAAGAUCCGCAAGACGGCAGCUCGAAGGCGAGAGUACCACAUCCUGUUCAUGGUCCUGACCACGGCCGCGUGCUACCUGCUGUGCUGGAUGCCGUACGGCGUGGUGGCCAUGAUGGCGACGUUCGGGCCGCCUGACAACAUCAGUCCCGUGGCCAGCGUGGUGCCGUCUCUGCUGGCCAAGAGCAGCACCGUCAUCAACCCGCUCAUCUACAUCCUCAUGAACAAGCAGUUCUACAGAUGUUUCCUGAUCCUGUUCCACUGCAACCACUGGUCGGGGAAGAACGGCAACACAUCAAUGCCCUCCAAGACCACCGUCCAGCUCAACCGACGGAUCUCCAGCAACACGGUGGCCUGCGCCGCCCACGUCUCCAACGACGCGCUCAAAGCGAGCGGCACGCCCGCCGUCAAGCAGACGCGACACGAAGUGGGGACGCUCGAGCUGUGAAGCUGCGCUUGCAAAGUGGACAGCAGAGGAAUACGGACGAAUGGGAAUUGGAGGGUUCAUGUAUUUUACGUGAGCUUUGUAUUUGUACAGAGAAGAUUCAAUUUGACUUCAGCAGCAUUUUUUCAUUUGUGUUUAAAGUGCUAAAUGCAGGAGAAAAAAAAAAAAACAUUCACAAUAUCAUCUGAUGUACAGUAUGUGGACACGAGAGGCUUUAUGCCCAAAGAAACUCUUGACCUUGGUUUGGGGCAGUGGGGGGUUCACUUCAAAAUAGCAUCGUGCGAAACUGCCAAACCCACGUCACCCCUAACAUACAGCAACAAUCUCCUGCGUUAACCUCUCAGCAAUUUAUUCGAGCAGCGAGGCUCAUGCCGGCAAACGGAGAAUGUGAGGAUCAUACUGAAGCGUCCGAAGCUACGGGCUAGCAUUAGCAUGCGUGUUUUGCAUCCUCAAAUGUUACAAUGGCGAAUGUGCUCGACCAAUGAGAGACCAAAAGUCGUACUGCACUGUAUCGUACUCCAUGAUCAUUGCUCAUGAAUUAUCUGAAACUCUGCUACUAAUCAACACCUGUUUAAAUGUCACAUGCAAAAACAUUAGUAGGCUUGCUAAAAGAAGCAAAACACGUGCACAUAAAUCCCCUUAUGUCCUUUAUUAGCAGCCAAUUGUGUAGCUACAAACUGAAAGGCCAAAAAAAAAACAAAAAAAAACCUGGGCCACAUGGUAGGUAGCAGUUAUGGUUGCCUGUAGGGGUGCAGUUAUGCAACUAUAACAAAAAUCACCGUUCGAAACGCAACUUGGUUUUAAGUUUACGUUUCUGCUCAAAUUGGGGAUGGUAAGGGACAAACUACUCAUCUUUUGUGAACACUUAACUGAUUUAGUGACAUUAAAAAUAAAAUAUCGACAGCUUGAAUCUUUUGUUUUCAGGAAAGUGCAACAUCAAUAGUUUUAGUAACAGUAUGAUCAGUAUGAAUUAGUAUUUCGCUUGCUUGCUUUGCAUCGCUCGAGGCAGUUACAAAGAAGUCCUAAGAACCGAGGACAUUGCUGAUGCGCCCAGAAAGGAGUUAUUAAAAGUUACUUCUUCGGUCCUCACUCGUAUUUGAGAUGCGUUUAUUAUGCUUUCAUUCACAUCUUAUAUUUUAUCUGUUAAAAUUGAUACAGAAUUGUUUUCAUUUCAGUACACAAACCUGCCCAUUGUGCUGAUGUUUCAACAAGAUGCUUUUUAAACAAAUUAAUAAUGAUUUCCUUUUUUUUUUUCUUCCAGCCGCGUAAACUAUUAAGAGCUUUCAUCUCCUAUUCAUUUUAAUCCCUGCAGACGUGUGAAAAGAUCAGCGUGGACGUUGAUGAAUGCGCAAUUGGAGGAAAGUCGUGACAGAAUGCGCUCCAUCCGUUCUAUUUUUGUGUUUGUAGAGACUAAAUCAAAUGCAAAUCACGCUAAACUGAGAGACAACAAAGAGGGACUCGCUGCUACACGCAUCUUAGAGGUCACCGUUGAUGGCUUAGUUCCCGGAGAAUCACAGUAAUCAAACAAACAAGCUGAUUUUUGAGCUCUCCUUGUCACUCGCUUGUUAGUAUUCAUUCAUUAAAUGCACAUGUUUUAUGGGAAUGCAGCAGUGAUUGACAUAUUUUAGUCUGAAGACAUAAAAAUGAAGAGAUUAUUGCAUUUUCUCAAAUCGUACUUGUCCCUUUUUCCAUCCAUCCAUCCAUCCAUCCAUCCAUCUUCUGAGCCGCCUAUCCUCACAAGGGUCGCGGGAGUGCCGGAGCCUAUCCCAGCUAUCAGGCGGGGGUAUUUGUUUGUAAAUACAUUAUUUACGUUU